AUGCUAAGUUACAAACGCCGCGACCCGAGAGUCACUCAUAUGUUGCAGUCAUUGACACUACAUGUGAUCCCGUCUGUGGACGACAUGGGUUUCGAGCGGUCAGUGAGCGGACAGUGCGACCGAUCGUUGAACGUGACCAACGACUUGGAGGACAAGUUUGCCGAAGAGUUUGCCAAUAAGUUCGGUGCCAUCGAAGCGCUUAAGAAGAAUUUCGAACUCUUUAAGUACGUGACAGGUCUGAGUGUGGAGUCUCACGGACUGGGCGUUGAAUUACCACUGAUGUUGAAUUUAGACGACCUGAACGGUCAAUCCCUUUCGUCGAUUGGCUUCAAAGCGCUCACCACUGCAUACAAAGCCAACAAUCCAUCCCUUUUGGCUGACAUUAAGUGCAACGAAACAAAAGUGAUUAAAACGUAUAAAAAGUUGUCACACAUUCAUAGUGUUGGACAAUCGCUAUUAGACUACGGGUUUGCCGAUCACAAGACACUGAUGAUGACAGCGCGCAUCGACUGUUGUUCGUACCCAUUGUCUUACGAGUUGCCACAACUUUGGAAGAAUAAUAUGGAGUCAAUGAUGAGUUUCUUGGAGACCAGUAUAACAGGCAUAACUGGUUAUGUGUUGGACUCGUCUAAUGCCGUACCGAAAGCAGUGUCCGUUAUUAUGGAGGGCUUUGAGGAGCCCAUAGAAAUCGAUCCGAAGACCGGGAGAUUUAAUUUGGUUUUAAAUGCCGGCGUUUAUACCAUUCACUUCUCUGCGCCCGGCUUUGAGAACAAGACAUUGUCGGUAACCGUGAAGACCAAUGAAAAUAAGAAAAUAAACGUCAUUCUCGAUUCGACCGGUCUAUUGAUGUCUUACCAUAAUUACGAAACAAUGGCCACACUUCUGGCCAAUUACUCCGAUAAAUACCCAGACAUUACAUCACUGUUUAGUAUUGGAGAGUCGGUACAAAAGCGCAAACUAUUGGUCUUUAGGAUCGGUUUGGAAUCGAAAAGAAGAGGCGCCGAAACAGCUAACGUCCGGUUCAUUGGUGGCCUUCAGGGCCACGAAAGGUCAUCCACUGAACUCCUGAUCCAAUUGAUUGAAUAUCUGUUGAGUCACUACAAGAAGGACACGUUUAUCACUCAACUGAUUGACAUGACACACAUCUAUGUGCUGCCGAUGGCCAACCCGGAUGGCGCCGAAUUGGCUCAGUUGGGCCGUUGCGAUAGCACCAAAGGGCUGACCAACGCCAAGAAUGUCGAUUUGGAUCAGUCAUUCUUCGAUGGUAUCAAUAAAAGAUCUCUUGAGUCGAAAUCUCCGCCCGAAACCAAAGCCAUUAAGAAAUGGACUAAAGCCGAGAACUUCUUGGUAUCGGUGACGCUGAGGACAGGCGGUAAUGUCGUUACCUAUCCGUUCAGUUCAACCGAUUCCUGUGAGUAUCUCAACAUCUCUAACGCUAACCGUUUUAUAUCGUUAACAAAAUUAAUGAGGUUUCGACACAAAGACAUGCAUAUGGGUAGCGCCCGAUGCGGUCACGGGAACCGGAAUCGGCUCAUUAAGAACGGCUUCACCACCGGUUCCAUUUGGCACCCGACCAACGGCUCGCUAUUGGACUACGGCUUCAACGCGUCCAAUGUAUAUGAGUUAUACGUAUACGUCGGCUGUUGCGGCAGUCCUCCCGAGUCGGAGUUGAGUGACCUCUGGCGCGACCACAAGACACCGGUACUCGAGUUACUUAAUAACGUGAAUAACGGUAUCCACGGCCGAGUGGUGGACGAGAACGGCUCUGGUAUCGGUAGCGCACAGAUUCUGGUCGAGAAUAUUGCACACAAAGUGUACACAACGGACAGCGAAGGCCACUAUCGGAUACCGUUAUAUGAGGGCAAAUACGUGCUCACCAUUGAGGCGGACGGCUUUUGGCCGUCAACCAAAAUGGCUACAAUAUUCUCGGGUCAGGACAACCUGUUUGUGAUAGACAUGAUGUCCGACACGCGCAUCGCCGGCAUUCCUCGGGCCGUAUUUGUGAUAAUAUGCGGAUCCGCUGUUCUAACCAUUCUGAUUGUCUCGCUCUGCGUUUACAACGUAUUAGUGCAGCAAAAGUACGAGAAGAAGGGCUUCCAGAGGAUUGGCGCCAAUGGAGUGCUGUUUGGCUCUGACGACGAGGAGGAGGAGGACGACGGCGGCCGCGACUCGGAACUA